GUUGGUAGCUAUCAAGCUCCAGAGCGAUCUGGAGCUUGAUUGUCCUAAGAGAGGAAGUAAACGUACCGAAGCACGUUUUGUAAAAGCGUCUAUUUCCUAAACAGCCUGGCCGGAGAGAGGACAGAGUCUCAGGCUGAUUAGCAGUGGUUUGAUUCUGUGUCCCCCCCAUCUCCACCUGCUAAAUUGCCUAGUGUGAAAAGAUGCAGGAGCUGGCUUCUCCUUGCCUUCUAUUUUCAGCCAUGCCAAAAACUACUCAUUGUUGAUGAGAAUCCAAAGACGUACCGGUACAUUUCAGGGUCCCCCCCACCCCCACCCCCCAGUUCACAUAAUGAGUUUUUCCCUUGUUGCUUAUGAUGAUUCGGAUUCUGAAGCAGAGACUGGGAGAUCCGGAGAUGUUAUUAGCAGUGAAAUCAAUCUAACAGAUUCUGCUGCGGCUGUUGUUCAGCCCAGUGAUGACUUAAAUAUUAUUUCUGAGACAAAAGUCGAAUCUGUGGAAUACAUGGGCAGCUCCAAAAAGAAGAUGUCUUAUGAAGAUACCUUUCAACAGCAUCUACAAUCUAAUGAAAAGACUAUAAUAACAGCAGUACAACAGCAGGUCAACAGAAAUUGUACUUUGACAAAAACAAGGACUAAGUAUACCCAGCCAUUAAAUCCUUUAUUGGAACCUAAAAUACCUUCUGGAAAUGCAUAUGCUCAGAAGAGGAUGCAUAAUGAUGGAGAUGUAACUAUUCAAAAACUGAGACCAUAUGUUUCAAAAAAACUGCAAAAGGAAAAAAAGGAAUACCAAAAAGAGAGUGUAUCUUCUCCAGUUAAAUUAAGUACAGCUGAAGAUAAAAUGACAGUUAAAGUUUCCCACUAUAUUAUGCCAUACAUAGGAUCAAAAUAUGCAGUUACUGAAAUUCCAAAGAACUUGGUGUUUCAGAUGGCUGAGCAUAGUGGACCAGUCAAUGCAGUUCGCUGGUGUCCUCUGCAGAGGUGGAGCCAUAUGUUGCUUUCUGCCUCUAUGGAUAAGACUGUCAAGGUUUGGGAUGCUGUGGAUGAAGGACGCUGCUUGAAAUCAUACUUUAUCCAUACCGGUGCUGUCCGAGCUAUUCAGUGGUCUCCCUGUGGAAGAAAUGCACUGAGUGGAGGCUUUGAUUUUAUGCUUCAUUUAACAGAUAUUGAAACAGGAACACAGCUUUUUAGCAGCAAGAAUGAAUUUCGAAUCAGCACCCUGACAUUUCAUCCUCUUGAUCCAAAUGUUUUUCUUUGUGGAGGAUUCAGUCCAGAAGUUAAAGCCUGGGAUAUAAGGUCUUCUAAGGUUAUAAAAGUCUACAAAGCCACAGUUCAACAAACCUUGGACAUUAUGUUUCUCCGUGAAGGAAAAGAAUUUUUUACCAGCACUGAUGCAGUGAGCCAAGAUUCAGCUGAUCGCACCAUCAUUGCCUGGGACUUCCAAACUGCUGCAAAGAUCUCCAAUCAAAUUUUUCAUGAACGUUUUACCUGCCCCAGUCUUUCAGUUCAUCCUAAAGAGCCUGCCUUUGUUGCUCAGACAAAUGGCAACUACAUGGCUUUAUUUUCCAGCCUGCCACCUUAUCGAAUCAACAAAAAGAAGAGGUUUGAAGGGCACAAGGUUGAAGGAUUUGCUGUAGGCUGUGAAUUUUCACCCGAUGGAACACUUCUUGUGACAGGGAGUUCAGAUGGAAAAGUAUUUUUCUACAAUUAUCGUACAGCUCAAAUUCUCCAUACCAUGACAGCACAUAGUCAAGCCUGUGUGAAUGCAGCCUACCAUCCAGUCCUUCCAUCGCUCCUUGCCACCUGUGCCUGGGAUGGGAUAAUCAAGAUCUGGCAAUAAUAGGAAAGUUAGAUAGCCAACUUCGUAAAUAUACUUUUUUUCCUUGUAGUUUCAUUUCUUAGAACUUUUAUGUUCUGUAUAGUGGUAUACCAAACGAGUGCUUCUCAACGCCAGCGACUUUAUGAUGUGUGGACCUCAAAUCCCAAAAUCCCCCAGGCAGCAUGCUUGCUGGGGACUUUUGUGAGUUGGUUAACAUAUUUAGAGUAGCUAAGAUUGAGGAAUACAGUAUUAAACCAAUUUUACUGUAAUGUGACUACGUGAGGCAGGAAAUAUAAAAUUCUCCAGUCACGCUACAUAAAUAAUUAAUUUGCCUGGUGCCGUUUUUGACUCAUACUUUGCCCUUAGCUGUUACCCUUCUCCAAAGAGUUUUUUUUGAUACUGUUGGAGCUGCAGUAUUCUUUUAAACAGCUGUUAAAUAUAUAGCUACUACUAGCUUUCUCCAAGUUUUUGUUGCAGGGAAUUAGGACAAUAUGAGCUAGAUUGAAAAAGGAAUUAAAGAUUAACUGAAGCCCUAAAUCUAUAUGUUCUGCCUGUUUUAAUUGGAUGUGCAAUGCACAAAUUUAAUGGAUAGAAGUAAUUAAAAGAAAUUCAAUAUCAUUCCAAAUUCUUCCGGCUGCCUAGAUUUUUUUAAUCACUCUUGUGUUACUAAAUCACCACUCUUAGAUUAAAACUUAACUAUUCUUUAGCUUCCGUCACUGCUUUACCCUUGUACUAUUACUUAAUCCUGCAGGCUUUUCAUCCAAUUUUAAUGGAGUCACACUAUGCUAGAACUGGUGUAGCUAUGAAGGCUUUUCUGAGUAAUGUGGUUAGGGGGUCCUUGGUGAUCUCUCAGCUUGCUUGUUUUCUUACAGAUGUACUAGCACUGAUUAUGUUGCCUAAUUAGGGUAAUGAAACACCUGCAAGAAAACAAGCAAGCUGAGAGAGCACCAAGGACCCCUCAUUUCAACCCCAAGGUACAAAUAUUUUCCUUUAUUGGUAAUGUGGUUAGGAUCUGAUUCUGAUAUCUUUAUGGUCACAUGAAGCUCAAAGAGAUUUGGAUGCUUGAGAAUCUCCAUAAAGAUUUAUGACAAUAUAUAUGUAGGUUGAUACUUGCAAUAAAAAAAAAUCUCAACGAUUUGCUUAUAUAUAAUUUUAAAUAGUUUUCUUAUAAACUAUUUUAUAACAUAUAACUAUUUACAACCCUAGAAGCAAUAGCAUUUCUAGCUCCAUAGCUAUUUCUAGUUUGCUAAGCUCAAGGAUAUAGUAUGCUUCUUUUCCCAAGAUCACACUUUUCUUCCUGAUUGGGAGCUGAUAUAUUUAAUUAUAAUAACGGAACAGUUUUUGUUGGUGCCUUGCAUUAAUGUAAAACUUACUCUGAAGGAACACAUUAGUUUUCUACAGGAUGUAAGAAGAGGAGAGUAAAGAGUUUUGUUGCUCCAUGGAAAAAUAUUGCAGGUAGCCCACCAGGGCCACACCUAAUAAUUAUCUUUCACAUACGGUAGCCAGGAACAGAAUCACUUAGAAAAUGUAUCUGGUUUUUCUUUGUAAAAUACAGAGUGUAAUUUUAUAUUUUGCUAAAAUGUGCAAAAUAAUAUACAUGUUACAUAUAUAAUAUAAUGUUACAUAAAAAUUAAAAUUUCAAAGUACCCAAAAUGUAACUUAAAAGUUUCCUGUUGUAAAUAUAUUUUUCUAAAAUACUAACUUGUAAAGUACUCAUUAUCAAACCUCUUUGUAUAUUUUUAUUGACUGAAUGUAUCUAUUGAUCAGCUUUCCUGUGCACAGCAAGACAAGCAUUCACUAAGAUUAACAGUCUUUUAUUUUUUAAGUUGUUUUAACUUAACAUGCAUUUAAUAAGUUUCCUGAAACAUACAUUUUAACAGAAUUUUUAUAAUUCUUGGUCAAUGAUUGCCUUGUUUGAAGUUACAGUCACACUGAAAAAGUUACUUUAUGACUGGUUCCCAAACUGUGACCAUCACAAUAUCUCAAUGGUCACUUGAUUCCCAUUUGUGCACUUUACAGCUGAUUUCCAACAAGCAAAGUUAAUGAAGAAGCCACCUGUGAAAUUGCAAGUUGCAGUAAUGAGAUGAUUCACUUAAUGACCAUGUCAUUUAAUGACGAAGUUGCCAGUCCCAAUUGUGGUUGUUAAAUGAGGACUAACUGUUCUUCCCUAGGAAUAUGACGUGGAGUUCUGUAUUUCUUUUAUUUUAUUGUUUUAAGGUAAUCACUUAGUGUAACACUUAUCUCUGAAGAAUUGUCAGAGCUACUUAUAAUUUAAUAUAAAAGCAUAAUAAUAAAAUGCCAUUAAAAGAAUCUUCUUCCAAAAGCA